UAACUCCAAUACAUAAAAAUUAUUCUUUCUUCAAUACACAAGAGGGAGCUUUUGCUAAUUUUCAAAUUUAGAGCUCGAGCUUCCUAUCGCUCUUCUUCACGAACGCUCAAGUCGACCAGCCCCCCUUUCAUUUUUCUGUUAUAGCUCAGUUUUCUUGGUGAAAGUCCAUAAUGGAUUAGGAGGCUCAACCAAAUUAACAAGUUCAGCAGUAAAAAAUUGGUGCUUCCCAUCUUUUGAUAAACUGAGUUCUAAAAGUAGCUCUUCUUUUACUGUUGAAGUUAAGCCGUUGCAUCACUACAUAGAGUUUGACAAUCACGAAAAAUGUUGCCAUUUGGUUGAAAAUCAGUUUAGGCAAGAAUAACAUUUUAGCUCACCUCCAACAGUGCUGUUAAGAAAUCAGCACAACCCUCUCUACGAGAGCUUGCUGCCAAAUGUAUUCACUGGCAUCUCUUCCACUGGCACAUGCUCUCGUGGCAUCCUCCUCCUCGUCCAGGAUAAAUCCAAGUGAUCUGGAAGACUCUUUACUCCAAUUGGUCCAAGAGCACCACCAUGCCUCCCUCAGAAUCCACAAUCUCACUGUGAUUGUGGCAGAGAAGGCACAGAAUGAAGCCACUAAAAAGGCAGUGUGUGUGGCAGAGCUUCUGGUGGAAGCAGUGAACGGUGGGGUGAAAGAGUUGGUUAUAAAGGAGAAACGAACUGAGCUUGAAAUACGGGCAUUGACUGCCACCAUUUCCUCCUUUAUCCAACAGACUGAUCGGUGGCUCUCACUCACUUGUUCUAUUAACACUGCCAUUAAGGAAAUCGGAGACUUUGAGAACUGGAUGAAGAUAAUGGAAUUUGAUUCUAAAAGCAUCAAUGCAGCUAUCCACAAUAUUCACCAAGCAUAAUCACACAGGUCGCAGCAAGUUGUUUCAACAGUCACCGUUCUAUUUUUUGUUUCUCAGUGAAGUACCUUAAUCAUGGAGUAACUUAGUACUGCACUACAUAGGCCGCCAUCUCCCCCGCCCGUUUUAAUGCCCAAAUGUGUUUUACAGACACUGCACUUUGCCUUCACCAAUCUCUACAACCAAGGGAAAAGGAAAAGGAGGGUUUAAUAACAAGGCACUACUUGUGUUCGAGUUUUUAUCACUGUGCACUUUUCCUCUAACUUGCUAAUUUGUUGGACGUUGUCUUGUGGAGUCUCCACGUUUACCUAUUGUUUUGAGUGAGUUUCCCUACAAACAUGAGAAGGAUUUUUUGCCAUGUAUUUUUAACUGCUUUAUCUCAUUAACAAGUUACUUGGAAUACCAUAUCGAAAAA